GGUUGAAACAAGUAAUACAUAGGUCGGGGCCAACACUUCUGGAAGUUUCCUAACGAGACAUUUGUGACAUUGAAGUCCAUUGAAGUCCAUUCAAAGCACAUGUUUUCAAGUGUUUAGAGUUUGUUUGAUUCAAUACAUCCCUUAAAGUCAUUUCAAUUGUUUCUAUCAAUUAAUUAGAUUGUCAUCAAUGGCUUCAAUUGCACGUCGUUUGAUACCACUGUUUGAUCGGGUAUUGAUUGAACGGUUUGUGGCCGAGACUAAGUCUAAAGGAGGUAUUAUGAUACCAGAGAAGGCUCAGGGAAAGAUACAAUCGGGAACUGUUGUGGCUGUAGGUCCUGGAUAUAGGAAUGACAAGGGAGAAGUAGUUCCCACUACUGUCCAAACCGGCGAUAAAGUACUUCUACCUGAAUAUGGAGGAACUAAAGUCGAGAUCGAAGACAAAGAGUACUAUUUGUUCCGCGACAGCGAAAUAUUGGGAAAGUGGCAAAACUGAAGAUAUCAUUACAAGAAUUAGUUAAUUAUACAAUUUAGUUAUCAAUUCAUUUAUUUUCUCAUCUAUUGGUAUAUGAUAUUAGUUUUUAAAUGCUUAUAAAAUCCAUUUAAUAAAUGGUAAAAAAUCAUGGUUUAUAUAAAACUUAGAUAAUAUGUUAUG